CUCCACAACCGCCAAUCAUCCUGUGGCCGUAAUACCUUCGUGGCAUUGAUGCAGCCUUUCUCCUCGUUGGACAACGAAGCAAUUUCCCCAACUCUUUUGGCCUCAGGAACGGCCAAGCCGUCCACCGGUAAAACGUCGACGCAUGUUUCCACUGAUACUCGUCCACCGAUGGAACAAUCGCAACUACCAAAGCGGAAGCUCGAGGCAGAAUCCCUGCCAGCGGUGGCGCCGAAGAAACUUAAAUUGGAGCAAAUCUCCACGAAGGAUGACGACAGCGAUGAAUACGAUAUAAGUAAGUGAAAGGCCGGUUAUACUUGGUGAAAUAUGACAAGCACAAUUUUAGUAUCUCCAUCGCCAUACAACUUCAAUGGUUCAUUCAAUAUCCGAUUCCGUGACCACCGAGCGAUUAGGAAGAAAAGGGUAUACGAAAAAGUGUCCGAAUCCUUCAUCAUGAAAGGCUCUUGGCCUCCCCGUGCGAAGAAAGAUGUGGAGCACAACAUGUACCAGGCUUCAAAGGGCGAAUUCGGAACCGCGACUCUCCUCUCGUCGCAUGAGCCGCUCAAUUCCAGAGGUUGUAAAUCGACCAAUUCAUACAAUUCAUACUUCCUUCCAGGUCCCAAUUUGAAGUUCAGCGAUUUUCAUCUCAAGGAUAUCGGUUCCAUCUGUCCGGAAGAACCGGAUUACCGUACUUUGGCGGUGACCCUUCUUCGGGAUCAAGGCUGCAGCCUCGAAUACUGCGAUACCGCUUGGGAUUUGUGCAUUUGUCUUGCGCAUGCUAUGCUCGGAUGGCUUUCGACAUAUCAAUGCGGGUAUAUGCAACGAGAUGUUAGUAUCGGGAAUGUUCUCAAGCUGACGCAACCCAUCAAAACGGCACCAUUCAAUAUCAACAAGUUACACGAGUUUCACGACGCCAUUAUGCGUGACAAUAAGAGUGUGGGCGAACUCAGUGAUGCGGUGCGGGACAAAGUCAUGGCAUUGGACUUGGAGGGAGGGAUCCAUGAUUCAAAAACAGCUCAGGAGGCAAAGGAUGAGGUCAGGAAGGUGAUGUCCGCUGCCGAGGCUCUGCAGGGGGGAAUUGCGGAACUAGGGCUGUCUGUCGAUGCGACCGAGUGCUGGGCAAUAAUUUCAGAUGGCGAUCUCGCAUCGUACAUCCCCACCUACUUGACUAGAACAGUCACUGCGGAAUCAAUAUCAGGAACCUAUGAGUUCAUGUCCCCUGGUGUCCAUUUGGCCAUAGAAAAAAAAACUCCGUACCUCCACAGUCCAUUGGAUGAGAUGUUUUCGUUCUUCUAUGUUGCGUUGUGGGCGACCUUCUGGAAUAUCGAAAAAGGUCAUACCCCGGAUGAAGAUCUUUGGCGUGAUGGCUUACGAAGUAAGGAACGUGAUGCCCGAGUGGUUGGCCUUCUGGUCGAGCGCUUCACGGAAGCUUCCCAAACAUAUGCUCCGAUUGCCGCUGGGAUGCUCCCUGUUCUGGGUGAUUGGUGGGGAGGCUUUCGCAGUUGCGGGACUCGUUCAUUGCGGCCCUGCAGGCGAGUCGAGGUAUUCUUCGCUUGGUAUACUUUGAACAGUUGGCAUAUCGUGGCGUUGCAGACUUCAUCCAAAUUGUAAAUGAGCAUUGGUUGAAUUUCUAGCUCAUUGCGACAUCAUAACAAUAAAGAUGUGGCGAACCGCGCCGAGCUUCGCAGAGCGUUUCAAAUGCUCAACGAAGGCAUUUUUGGAAACUGCUUUACUUGGCAUCGUCCAAUGAAUUGCAUAAUC